AUGAAGUCAAGAAAAACAUCACAUGUUGGUUAGUAUUAAGAGCUUAUAGUAUUUUACACUUUCCUUUUUAAUAUAAGUUAUGUUUGUUUGUUAUUUAUCAAUUCAAGCUAAUUUCCAUAUUUUGCUAGAAUUUCUAAAAUUCUGAGAUACUUCAAUUUAGAUCAACCAAAAAUAAAUCAAAUAAUUACUCUCUUGAAUCAUUUGACUGACUGCUAUGAUUAUCCGUGGUUGACAUCCAAAAUUAAAUCUAAUGUAACCUUGUAAAUUAUGUUUCGAUUCUUUUAUUCUAUGAGUUUUAUUUGUGACAUUAUUAAUUAAAUUAUGUUCGGAUAUAUUUUAGCUUGGCUAUGUCAAUUCAUUGAUAAGACUAUUAGGCUUGUACGUAAAACAAUAAGACCAAAAAAGAAGUUUGGACUAGGACGUUAUCAGGAAAUUCCUAGGUCAAAUUCAUCAUAUACUGGGAGAUUGAAAUUACUGAUAGGAUUAGAGGGGACUCUUGUUUGUACAAGUCAUUCUCCAGUUGAAGGGUGGAAUAAAAUCAUUAUUCAAUAUCAUUCAGGACUCACCCAGGAUUUUUAUGUUAAACAUAGGCCACUUCUAGAUCACUUUUUAUGCAAUGUUUCGUAAAUUUAUGAUGUCAGCAUCUACACAACCCAAAUUAAAGAGUUUGCUGCUCCAAUAAUAGAUCAAUUUUGCAUCCAAUUCUCUCAAAAUUUUUACAGAUAAAAGUAAAUUUUAUUUUUCACAUAGUCAUGUGUAAUAUCUCGCAAUAAGAUCAGAAAGGAAAUUAAUAUGACGACAUCUAAUCCUCACAAUGUAAUAUUUGUGGAUUACGAUGAGGAUUAAUGCUUAGCCAACUCUGAAAAUGCUUAUCAAAUAUCAAAGUAUAAUGGUCAAGAUAAUGAUACUGAAUUAUUGAAAUUGUAGGAUUUCUUGAUUAAAGCAGAAUCAUAGAUGAAAGUUCGUAAAGAGCUGGAUCCUAGCGUUACAAUUCAAGACAUAUUAUUAGAACUAGCAGGAGAGGAUUGA